CCACGCGCAAACAUCGCUCCCCCAUCAACAACAACCACCAACCACCACCAACCACAUCGAUCUUACACUCGUCGUUGUUGUCGUUGUUGUUGUCGUUGUUGUUGUUUCUACUCCUCGUUGUUGUUGUUGUUGCUGUAACAAAGCCGACGACAUCUGCUCGGUGCUUGGCAAUUCGUGUAUUUAUUAGGCUCGCGUUUGAAGUUUAAAGCCGUCGGCGCAGCCAUCGAUGUCGAUGUCACGUGGAGGAGGAAUGAAGGGAGCUCUGGUCUCAACAAGAGCACCGGACCACGGCUCCCUGUCUCUCCCGCCUCCGGGUCGCAGCCUGCCGACCCUCGGUCACGACCUCAACCAGGUGAUCGUGCUGCCCCGGGCAGAGUGGGAGCGCAUCGAGGGCAGCCUGAAGAGACGCGAGAUCCAGGAGGAGAUGGAACGCGCUGCCCGGGAAGAGAGGGCAGCCAUGCUCGCUCGCUCGAAAGAGAUAACUCAAAAGUGGACCAACACUCUGGAGGCUCAGCGGGACCAGAAGCUGGCGGCGUUCACGCUGCGCAAGGAGCAAGAGGAGGAAGCGCGGAAGCGCCUGGACGUGGAGGAAGCGAAGUUCCAGGCGGAGCAGCGGCGCCAGGCCCUGGAGAGGGCGCGCACGCUGCAGUACCACCAGACGGAGCGAGUCCGCGGCUUACAUAGCGCCCUGCAGCUCACGGAGACGCUGAAGGAGCGGGAGGCGCAGCUGGAGCUGAAGGGCCGGGUGGAGUCGGCGCGCCGCUCCCGGGAGCGCGACUGGGUGCAGGCGUCGAGCCGCGAGCGCGAGGAGGCGCAGCGCGAGGAGGAGCGCCGCGCCGCCGAGAGAGCCGAGGUGGCAGCGCGCAUCGCGGAGGCUCAGAAGCAGCAGGUGGAGGAGCAGCGACGCGAGGUGGAGCGAGCCCUGAUGGAGGCGCGAGAGGAGACGCGCGAGAUGGAGCGACUCGCUCGCACUCACAUGUGGGAGCAGCGCGUCGUGCGCGAGUUACGCGAGCGCGACAAGAAGGACAUCAUGAAGGCGCACAGGGAACACAUGGCAGUUAAAGAGAGCCUGAGAGCGAAGGAGCAAGAGCGCCAGGCGGAGGAGGACAAGCGAAUUCGCGUUCACUCUGCGGCCAAGCACAAGAUCAACCUGCUGAAGCGACAAAAGGAGGAAGAGAUACUGCGGGAGCAGCUGGCGCAGCGGGAGCGCGCUACCGAGCUGCUGGCGGCACACAUUCAGCAACGCGUGAACGACGAGGACGAGCGGGUGGCACGCGCCGUGGCCGAGCAGGACGCGCAUUGCGAGCAGGAGCAGCGCAAGAAGGACGAGAGGGCGCAGGCAGCACGGCUCUCCAUCGCUCAGCACCGGCAGCAGACGAUGAAGGAGAAGGCAGCUGAGCAGCGUGCCGAGCGGCAGCGUGCGCUGGAAGAGCUGCGCGCCCGCACGGAGGCCGACCUCCUGUUUGCCGAGAGCCAGCGGCUCAAGGAGCAGCACCUGGCGGAGGAGUCGCGCCAGCUCAAAGACGUCCACGUGGAGCAAAUGACCCGGCGCCGUGCGGCGGAGGAGGCGGCGCGGCGCGAGAGCCGGUCUCGCGAGCGGCGCGACGCCGAGCUUGCUGCCGAGGAGGAGCGACGCUUCCAGGAGUACGCGCUACGCGUCAUCGACGCGGCGCGCACUGGCGGCCGCAACCCCCUGCCGCUGGUCCGAGCGGCCGCAGCGGGGGGACAGGGCCCCCCGCUGCCCGGGCGCGGCGCCAUUCGUGCCGACGCGCAGGAGGUGAAGGAGCUCUACAGCAGCGGAGACGUGGCACAGGACAAGAAGAGGCUGGGCUUCGUGUGGUAGGGGUUGGGGAGGGGGACGAUGUCCACAAUGUCCACUCUGAGCCCGCGUAUUCGGUGUCGGGAGUGAGACGAUCGCUCGUUAAGAUGCGUCAUGGCACUGGGACCGCACGGGUUGGGUUCAGUGGCCGUUAAUACAAAAUCCAUCAAGUGAACGUUCCUUUUCGUGUUAUGCUCCUUUUACGAGCAAACGGGAAAAUUCACACUUGAGGUGUUUUAUGGAAUCAGCCACUGGGUUUGAAUUCAGCCGGACCACCCAUGAUUUCACGAGAUUUUUCGCGUGUGCCGAGUUGAUGGUCUCAGCCCAUUCGCUGAUUAAUACAGUCAAAUCAAAUUAGAAUCUGCGCCAUUUGGUCAAAUUCAAUUCUCGGGGAUAAAAAUGUAUGAAGUCAAAAUUAAUAGCUGAAUAUCGAGUGGCAAACCAUGAUUCACAGAGCAUGAAGCGGUCUCACUGAGAGUCCAGAGAAAUAGUCAGAGGUCGACGGGUGGUCUUCCAGGUACGUUCGUUGAAGUGAUGUGAUGCAGCGCUUCGGAGCUCAGCAAAAAUACGUGUUCACCUAAUGACCACAUUACUCCCAACAGCACAAACGGAACAUAACUGAUGAUAAAUCAAAUAAAAAGUCUAAUUGUGAUAUUAUUUGUCUGCGAAUGUGAUUUUCUCCGAGAUGUUGUUGCAGAGCACUUGCAAACUGUAUUUAAUGUCAGUUUGCUGGACAAUUCAUAGACACAUUGGUUAUUUCGGUAGGCUUAUUUUCAAAUGAAGUGUAGAGGCGAGCCAUCACGGCUCACAAAGCAUCUCAUUGUGUUCACGGUUUAGGCACGCGUCGUCGCACUGUACAGUGUGGGGUGGUGACACACGGCCUGUCCGGCUCUCACAGCAAGAUACAAGAGUAAAAAACCCUCAAAUGGUUAAAACCCAAUCUUGAUGGGAGUGCAUGAACCAAACAAAUCAAAUAUGUUUUCCUUUAAUGGUCGUGUGCAAAGUCUGCUUGUCUAAUAAACGCAUCAAUAACAAUGCAAGUCUUGUGAUAUCAGAUGAACGCAUUGUUUUAAUAUGCAUAAAUAUGGCUUCAUUGCUCUUCAAACCAAGUUAAAUAAUCGCCUUGUGAAUGUUCCAUAGGGAGAUGCCACCCACGUGCCAAAUACGGUAUUGUGGUGUGGUAGAGUAUGACCGUGGACAAACUUUUGUAGUUAAGCAACCGGCUGAUGUCAGGUUCAUCCAUGUGUGGAUUAAAAGGCUGCAUUAAAAAAUAUAUAUUUACCCAGUUCUUACUGUGUAUAUCAAAUGGAUCUGAACAGCUGAUUCCACGAAAAGACUGUUAUACGGUACUUAUGUAAUGAGAGAGCGCCAUCCAGGGGGCACCAUGAUGUCAUCGGCAUCCAAUCCGAAGGGGGGAUAUGAUCGGGCCAGAGAGGACGGGCGGGGUUGCUGAGAGAAGUUCGGAAACCCUCGAGAAGGUUCCGCCAGAGGCAGGGCUUAGCUCCGCCGAGGAGGAUAUAAGGGGGAUCAGGGGCAAGGCUCGAGGUCGGUGUGGGAAGACUGGGGUUCCAGACCGCCACGUGACGGAUCCUUCCUCGGAGCUCCCCUCCGCUUCCAGCGCGCCGUCAGCCGGCGGCGAGGCCGGGAGAGCGGAGUGAGCCUCGUGGGAGCUCGGAGAGAGAGGAGGAACGACGCUUCGUCCACGGGGUUGGAAGAGGGACACCACCGGAGAGGGAAAAGCGAAGCCGUGCGCUGUAACAUCGUAAAAUAAAGCAGCACCAAACAAGAA